CUUCUCGGGCCUUUGCCUAAACAACUUAUGUCGUCUGCAGUAGGAAUUUUGCUUAUGAGACGAAGAAAAUGGACGAAGGGCGGCAAGAAAACGAAGUCAGAACUGAUGUGAAGUUACUACUAGACUGUUUGAAAUGCCAAGUCAACAAUCCAACUGCAGUAAAACAGGCCCUUCUAACACUUUCUUCGAUUUUUAGUACAUAUGAUUUUGUCAAAGAAUAUUUCAAGGACAUUGGGGGUCUUACAUUCCUUAUAGAUCUCCUCACAUCAAUAGAAAAUCAUGAAGUUCAGGAAAGAGCCUUCUUUUGUCUUGGUUGUGCAAUUGAAAGAAAUGUUUUUUGUCAGAAAUCAGUUACAACCAGCACUGUUUUCAAAUUCAUUCAAACAAUAUUAUCAAAGGGAUCCACUGCCAAAUUAAAGCAAACAGCAACAUUCUUUCUCAUAAAUCUUGUGUCAAACAAUGGAGAAGGACAAGUCUUGGUGAAACAAAGUCAGUGCCUUUCUACUCUAAUGGAUUUAUUAUGUAAAUCUUUGCCAAAAGGUAUGAGAGCUGAAGGUAGAGAUGAGACAGGUUUCUGGUUUGAUGAUUCAGGACCCACUAGCAUAGAACUGUGGACCAGUGUGGUCAAUGCUUUAUGUGUCAGUAUCAACAAUCCACAGAAUGAGGAAAACCAGAAAGUGUGUGGUCUGCAAAUACCAUUCAUUUUUAAACUUCUUAAGCAGAAUAGAGGGAUUCUCUCUCUGACAAGAUCUCUAAUGUUUCUUCUUGGAUUCAUUGUGUCAAACAAUAGGUCCAAUCAGGAUCAAGUACGCAGAUGUGGGGGACUUGGUGUUUUGUGCCAAGAGUUACAGCAUCAAUAUAAUCAAUCAAAUGAUCCAGAAAUGUUAAAGGAUGUUAUUCAGAUCAUCACCACCAUAGAUUCCUGCAUCGCAGAUAAUAAUGAAAGUGCAAAAGAGCUAGGACAAACAGGAGUGAUUCAAAUUCUAGCAAGUGUCAUACAUGAUGACAAGUUGGAUAUUGGAGAAAAAAUUAAAGUGACAAUAACUCUAGGUCAUGCAAUUGAACACUCAGCAUCAAAUAGAAGUCUUUUUCUUGAAGCUAAAAAUGGUCUGCAGGACUUAAUUCACAUUUUAACUACAUGUGAAAAUGAAGAACUGAUGAAGGCAAUAAAAUAUGUGUUACAGGUUACCGUCCAGAAAGACACCAUUUUAGAAGAAGAGGAAGAGGAAUGGAAUCAAGAGAUGGCAAACAAAAAAAUCAUAGGAGAAAAUAUACUGAAAAAAGUGAAUGAGUUAGCAAAUCGUCUGAAAUCCAUAGAAAAAGAGAAAGAUCUUAGUGGAAAUCAUCCUACGAUGAUCCACACCCCGAAGUACAACAAAAACUUCAAUGAAUGUCCAACAACUCAGGACUGUCUUGAUACACAACCAACACUGGCACUUCAGAAUCCAAGUCUCCUUUGUUCUGACAGGAAUGUGUGCACAGACGUGAACAAAAAUAAUUCCACUGCAUUUCAAAUAUCAGAUGAUUGGAAGCAGCAGCUUUGUUUAACUCCUUUUGAAAAGCAUUUGAUUUCUGAACUUCAAAAGGAAAGACUCAAGAACUGUGACCAGACUAUAAGCGACCACAGUGCACGUGUACAAGAUAAACAAACAACAGUCAAAAGAAAGGAGCAAAUUCAUGAAAAAUGCACAAGUACAACAAUAGGACCAGAACCAGAGACAAACAAUUACCAUAAAGAUGACACAGAAUAUAGGACACCCAAAAUUCCUUUUCCAAAUACUAGAUCAUUAUCACCAAACUCUUCUACAAAAAGUUAUGAUGUGGACUUAACCAAAAUGUCUGAUGUCAAAGAAGUUAAUUGUAAUGCACUUGAUGGGAAAAUUCCAAUGAGUGAUGGAGUUUUCAAAGUUCCAACAUGUCCCCCACCAAAGAAGCAAGCUAGGUGCUUUAGACAGGUUCAAUCUGAGACUAUGUUUUUGUCUGAGGAUCAAGGUGACACGUGUUUAGAAAGUGAUGCUGGAUUCUCUGAUAUUCAGUCAGAAUUUGACUGUAAACUUCUAUCUGGAGCUGCAUAUCAUACAGAUGGAAGGUUGAACCCACAGGCAACACCUUUGAGACAGAUUUCUGUGUUUCCAGUCGAAAGAUCAAUUCAUCAGGCUUAUAAAACACCUGAGUACCACACUUCACAGCACACCCCGAGAAAUACAAGCAACUGCAGAAGAAAUUUUCCUACAACUCCUUCAUUUAGUGUCAAAUCAAUCCGAAGUACUCUAUCUAGUUUAAAGCAAAACAGAACAUCAGGAAAUGAAUGUAGAAGACAAAUACUACACUCCAAAAAUUCCAGAUUAGAGAUGAGCUGCAUAGGGUGUACUGGAACUGGAGAAAGUGAUGACACACAGCUGAACAGCCGAACAAUCAACAUUGUACUGGAGACUAACCCUUACACCUGUCAGGUACAUCGCCAGGUACGCAAUGUAGAGAGAAGUUAUAUACAGAAAGUCAAACAGCAGCAGAGAGAAAGGCCCAUCUACAAUAACAAUAAACAGGAUCAUCAGAGAGAAAGGCCCAUUUACAAUAACAAUACACAGCAUCCUCCCACAACUGACAAAUCAUUGUAUGAUUUCAGCAGUGAAUCUGAGCAAGAGGUGUCAGCUCCAGAUACAAUUGAGAGCAGAAACAGUAUUGUACAGACUCUAAAGCCGGUAAGAAAAAGGAGACUCAGGGUGCCUUACAGUGAUGAAGAGGUCAAUAACUUGCUCGAAGGAGUAAACAAGAUAGGAAAAUUUUGGGGACAAAUUCUUGCAACUUACAAAUUUCAUCCUUCCAGAACUGCUGUGGAUUUAAUGGAAAAACACAAAAGAAUAUCAAAAUCAACAGAAAUUCCAAAGACCACAGGGAGCUUAAGGAAAUUACCAUUUUCAAUGUGUGAAGAAAGAAGGCUUCUAAAAGGUGUCAAGCAGUUUGGGUACAGUUGGAAGACCAUCCUUCGAUCUUACAAGUUUGCAAGUUUUAGAACAACAGAGGACUUGCGAAACAAGUGGAGAACUUUAAAUGCAUAACACUUAUUGAACUUACUUCAAUAUUCCCAUCAAUUUAUACCGUGUUACAUGUAGUGACCACAGAUUGGACAUCUAUAUAUAUAUUGACGGUGUAACACAAUUAUUUAUUGGAAAACUAUUUAUUCAAUUGUUGUUAUUUUUAUUUAUUGAAUAAUGUUGUGUAUUUGUUAUAAAA